AUGCGGUCUUCAAUUGUCCUCUCUGCUGUUGCAGCAUUUGCUGUUGUCGGUGCUCAAGACAUCGACUUCGCCGGUGUUGAUGCAGUUCCCGAUCCGGUCAUCAACAUCAUUCCUGGACUCAAAGAACAGGUUGUCACAUUUGAUGAGGGCCAAGCUAUCGCUGCCGUCGCCUCUCAGGUUGCCGCCGACCCUCUCGACGUGAAGCCUGUUUCUCUGCCAACGGCUGUACCAAAGGCCAGACGGCACUUGAAGCGCGCAGCCUGCGACCUCGAGCCCAGCAAUCCUAACACCUACGGCUUUGAUCUGUCUUCCGCCGCCAAGUUCCGAGCCGACACCAAGAUUGUGUCUGUAGCAAAGGGCGCUUCUACCCCAUCUGGCUAUUUCAACACCUUCACGAACCUUCAGGGAGCAAGCAGUGCCUAUGGAUACCUCGGAUACAAGGUCGUAACGAGCUACGAUCCUUCUGAGUGUGCCUCUGAGUGUAACUCAAAGUCUGGAUGUCUGGGGUUCAAUAUCUUCGUAGAGCGUGAUCCUUCGAAGAACCCUGGCCCCGAUUGCAAAGACCCCGAGGCCAUUGCUAACAUCAAGUGUUCCUUCUGGGGAGGGCCGGUAUACACCGACACCGCAACCAACAAGGGCCAAUGGCGAGAGCAGUUCGAGGUAGCUAUUGCAGGAAGUAAUGGUUAUACCUCCCUUGUCACCCAGUCUAUCGAUGGCUACAAGCAAACGGAGCUCAAGAACAAUGCGAUCAAUGCUCCGCUCGACUGCAACAAGCAAGGAUCAUACAUGGGCUACCAGCUAUUCACCGAAGUAGAGCACCCUCCUGCUUCUGGCAAGCCCCAGCUGUGCCGCUUCUUCAACACCUACAUUUUGCUCAAGAAUGAGGUCUCAGAGGGUCAAUACUGCUCCAUGUACACCCAGGAGUGGGAUGAAUCCUUCGCUACCAACAAUGGCCAGUAUCGCGGAGAUGACCACUACACCAUCCAAUACAGCUUCAGUUUCACAGACUCCACCGACGAUGGCGUUCCCGUCUGCCCGAACGACCUAUCUUAUCUGAAGUCCAGCGGUCAGGAGUUCUGCACUAGCUUCAUCGGUUACAGUGAGCCGUCUACCACCGCGACCACUACAGCUACAGCUACCACUACCUUCACCCCAGCACUCCAGCAAAUCACCAUCACCAGGACAUCUACUGCAUACACCACACAACCCCCCGUCACAGCCUACGCGGGCCAGGUCAACCGAAGAUAUGCCCGACGUGCUGAGAACGAUACGGCAGAGAUCAAGACUGACAUCAUUGUCGAUCCUUAUGAGAUUGCUAUUGUCGCGGUCACGACUUUGACCAACGAGGAUGACUCUUCUCUGCCCAAGCUGAACGACACUAUGGCUGCUAAAAUCAACGACGUCCAGAAGCGUGCCGUUGCGACCCCAGCCUCCAUCAGCGCCUGGCCGACUGGCAAGAUCAGCGCUGCCUGCUCGCUGAUUGCUACUGGUACCUCGACCAUCACUGCCACUGCAUCUACCACUGUUACUGUGACUACCUCCACACCUGUGUCGACUACAGAGACGCUUGCAUUCCAGACAGUUGUCGUAUCGGCGUCUACCUGCUAUAUCCCUAGGCCUCAACCAACUGCUCCGUCUUACACCAAGAUCUGUGGUGGUGCACCCUCUGGUGGUGUCCCCAUGGUCCCUGGCGAGAGCGACCGCAGCUGGUGGAGGGAGGUCUUUGACCUUGCGUUGCCGUUCCCUGUCAAGAUCUACGAAACCUCAUCUACUCAAAUCAGGUUGAGCGUCAGAGGCCAGAUCAUGGUCGGACCUUACACCUUCAAUGCAUUCCAAGACGAGCUUUAUGUUUAUGGUCCGGGAUGGCGCCAGGGUAUCUUCUACCGUGUCGAUGGCCCCGUGGGUUCGCGCAAGAUUCACUUCAGCUGGUUCGCUGGUAGCUAUUACUACGGCCACGAGCGCUUCCACAUCACUGCUACGUUUGACGAGGCCAAGCCUGGUGUUCUUGUUAGCAAGAUCUUUGAUACUUGGGGACAGGCCGCUAACAGGCGCACCAUCUCAGUUACGGGUAAUGGCAAGAAUAUCCCAUUCGCCGCGUAUGGCUCGACCAACGUUCAUGAAGGUCAGGAGAUUACCUUUGACACGAAUGCUGGCAGUGUUUCAUCCAAGGACUUUGACCGUAUCAACUGCUGCAGUAAGACUGGCUGGGAAUGGCAUGUGUGCUCCGAGGUCUAG